AUUGAAAUAGUUGUAAAGGCAUAGCAACGCAAACAACACCAAGACAAGACGAGGUGAUUGUGAUCAUCAACACAGCGAAGAAUAUGAGAGAGGAGCUGUGAGGACUUAUUAUGGAGAAAUACGAGCGCAUGUGCAAGAUCGGGGAGGGUGCGUAUGGUGUGGUCUUCAAAUGCAAGCACAGGGACACGGGACAAAUAGUAGCCAUCAAAAAGUUCUUUGAGAGUGAGGAUGAUCCUUUAAUCAGGAGAAUAGCCUUCAGAGAAGUGCGGAUGCUCAAGCAACUGCGACAUGGCAAUCUAGUGAACCUGAUGGAGGUGUUUCGUCGCAAGCGUAAGAUCCACCUCGUGUUUGAGUAUUGUGAUCACACUGUCCUCACUGAGUUAGAGAGACAUCCACACGGACUUGAGGAGGAUCUGUUGAAGAAGAUCAUCUGGCAGACAUUAGAGGCCAUCAACUACUGCCACCAACAUGGAGUCAUACACAGAGAUGUUAAACCAGAGAAUAUCCUCGUAUCUAAGAAUGGAGUAGUCAAACUCUGCGACUUUGGAUUUGCCCGAAUGCUCACUGGUCCUGGUGGAGAGUACACAGAGUACGUGGCCACUCGCUGGUAUAGAGGACCAGAGCUGCUAGUGGGGGAUACUCAAUACGGACCUCCUGUGGACGUGUGGGCAAUAGGGUGUCUGUUUGCUGAGUUGCUGACGGGACAGCCUCUCUGGCCUGGAAAAUCUGACGUUGACCAACUCUAUCUACUCAGAAGGACAUUUGGUGAGCUGACUCCACACCACAUGGAGGUCUUCAAGGGGAACACGUACUUCAGAGGUCUCAACAUCCCAAUACCAGAGUCCACUGAUCCUCUGACUGCAAGGUUCAGUAAGUUCACACCCCAGACCCACUCCUUCUUGGAGGGUUGCCUUGUGUUGGACCCUGCUGGACGAUUGUCAUGUGAUGAACUACUAGAGCACUCGUACUUUGAUGGCUUCAGGGAUUGGUUCAGGUCUGAGCUAGAUCUGCUGCUGGCUAAGGACGCUAAGAAAGUUGCUAAAUCAAAGUGUCGAAUGCAUUCUCGUCACGGUGUGGGUGGUCGCAGCACCCCCCACACGGGGUCUAGUGCAUCAGCCCAACCCCCAGCUGACGGACACACGGACAGACGCUUGCCACAGCUCAAAACACUACAAGAGCAGACACAGAUACCAGAGAAGAAGCCAGGGAGUCAAUUGGAGCAUUUGCCCAUCAUAAAUCAUCAUUCAUGAACAGUUCAACACAUGGAACACUUAAAAACUUUGUUGAAUUUUUGUCUUACACCACGUACCUAUUAUAAUGUAAUUGAUUCAAGUUUGAGAGCCAACGAUAAUUAUGUAUCAAAAUUUUAUUAUUUGG